GAGGAAAGGGAAUGAUAGUUUAUCUAUCUAUCUACCAGAUUUUUGUAAACACGAAGUAAACCAACUUAUUUCUCUUUUCACAGGAGAUUCAAUUAUUUUCAGUGGAGCUGAUGAAGUUGGAAUCCUAAGAUCUUUGAUGAAUUGUUUAAAGAUUUCUAGUUUUAGUCUUUCUUCUCUAUAUGGUGACCAGGGAGUCAAUAUUUCCAGGUACCAAAUAUCCUCAUGGAGCAGUAGGACUCAGAUGGUUGUUAUGCAGCCUAUCUCUUCUAUUAAAUCUGAGUCAGAAGAUACUGAUCCUGGGAUAGAUGAUGGAAAUGACACUUCACAAAGCCUGAAUACAGAACCCAAAGAUGAAAUCAAAUCCUCAUUAAAGAAUUGUCACAAAGGGACUGAACCCAAUUUGGAAGAGGGAACCGAUGAUGAGAAGAGUUUGCAUGAAAGAUUACAUUCAAGGAAGAAAAGACUGAAGGCUAAUAAAUCUCCCCUGGCACUUCUUGAUGAUAAGACUGAAGAACCGGAGAGUGAAAAGGAUAAAGAUACUCAUCAGCCGGAAACCCAAACAGCAAAGGUUGAUAUUGAGCGGAAGAAAGAUGAUCCUAAGGCUGUGGCAGAUGAGAAAACUGAACUUGAAGUGUUCAACCAAAAAGAGCCUCUGACAGUGAAGCGGAAGGUUCUUAGAAAACCUUGCAAGAAGCGAAUAACUGAAGUACAUGAUGACGUUAUGACUGAUCCUGACAAAAUUAUCUGGAAGAACAUACUCUGCAUUGUCUGCAAAGAAGAAAUUAAAUGCUUUAAAGAAAAACAAAGUGAAAACAGGCGAAAAUAUCAGAACCAUUUACUCUCCCACUUCACAGAGACUUUGUUCUCAAGUUUACCAUUUAGCAAAGAUUACAGUUGUAACUACAGUGAUUGCAGUUAUCUCUGCAGAAACCGUGGUUCUUUCAUUCAACAUCUUUCCUUUAAACAUUCUGAGUGGUUCAAGAGAAUCAACAGAAUAAUACAGGAAUGUGAGAGCAUGGAAAGUGUGUUAGAACUUGUGGAUAAAGAUGAGAUGGAAAGAAUAAAGUUAUUCUUCUCAAAUGAUCUCAGAAUUUUACCUCUAGGAAAAGAUCUGAAGCUGAAGUCUAGAUGGGUUGAAGGUACUGAUCUUGGUAACUUGGGGGAUGAGCUCAAUAUUGCGGAAAAAUAUACUGAAACUGAAAAGAAAUGUGCAUCCUCUGAAACAUUGUUGACAAAUUCUGAUAUUGAUAUUGAUGAUCUGUUGGACAGCCCUAAACGCCCUGAUAUUGAUGAUCUGUUGGACAGCCCUAAACGCCCUGAUAUUGAUGAUCUGUUGGACAGCCCUAAACGACCUGAUAAAACUGAGAUCAGGUUGCACCAUCUAAACCAAGAAAAAUCACCAAUUCAGUCAGAAAAAGAAAAUUCUGAUGUAUCAAGGACAUCAAGCCCUCUUGUUGCCCUUCCAUCCACAAUUGUAUCUGAGGAAAUAGCCAGUACAAGGCUUUGCUGUGAACUAUGUCAGAAAGAACUUGAUGUUGUGAAAGGGGAUCUUCAAAAGAACAGAUAUCAAUAUUUUAACCAUUUACUUCAGCAUCAAGAGAUUGAAAGCCUGUUUGAAAUCCCAAAUGCCAAAAAGUUAGUUUGUAAAGCAGAUCUGUGUUCCUUCCAGACAGCGACAAAGCUCAAAUAUUGUCUCCACUUGGCAGACAGGCAUCAUGAGCUGUUGGACAAGCUUGAGACUUACAUAGAAAAUAAUUCUGACAAUAUUGAUCCAAGUGUUCGAGCAACAUCACAGGUGCUAAUAGAAAUUAGAGAAACAUUACUUUAUGAUCCUAGAAUUGUUGAUGGCAGUUAUACUAGGCCCUCCUCCGCUGUUCCUUCAUGUUCUAUAAGGGGGGAAAGCAUGGUCUCAAGUUCUGUUGGCAGAAGUAGGAAUAAAAUCCGUUCAUUUGGCUUAUUAGGUCAAGAUGAAGGAGAGGAAACAGAAACAUGCAAUGCCUCCACUGUUACUGACUUUACUUCAUCAGAUUUUUACCCUAAAAUAGUUAUUCAGUCUCAAAUUGAAAUUGAAAGUGCCAAAAAUGUUCAACGUUUUCCUGAACAGCUACUUGAAGAAAGUCCAGACACAAAUACUGAUGUUGAUGAAUCUUUACAUGCAUCCAAUAAAGAGUUUUCUGGUAAAAUUAUACCUAGGCAUCUUGAACCUGAUGCAUGUUCUAAAGACCCAGAAACUGCUACAGGCGAGAAAAACUCUACUGUAAGGGAAUAUGCAGGGUUUGUCUGCAAGUCCUGCUCUGGGUUCUAUAGAAACCGUUCAGAGAUAGUGUACCAUGUAUUAAUAAAUCAUAUGAACCAUUUGUUUGUUGGUGUGCAAAGAAAAAGUGUUAACAGUUGUACUGAACACAAUACCUCAUAUGAAAGCUGGGAGGGAUUUGUAACCCACAACAUGUUUCAUCAUCCAGAGUUUAGGGCUGAGAAAGAUCAUCUAGAGGGAAUGAUCCAAUGGUUUGAAAGAUCUAAAGACACAUUUAAUUUUGUUGAGGAAGAAGGAUCUCAAGUAGUUCAGAAGGAGAUAAAGCAAGAAAUGACCGUAGACCCUGUGCCUGUAGAUAUCUUUGAUACAGAUAGUUCCGUCACUAACUGGACCUGUAAAGUUUGUAGAUCCCCUUUCUCUGAAGAAGACCUAAUACGAAAGCAUGUUAUUCUUGAGCAUCUACAGGACUAUUACAAGGAUCUUGUACCUGAUACGGCAAAAAUCUACAUGUGUACUCAAUGUCACAACCAUUCUACAACUGAUAGAAGAAGUCACAUUCUUCACCUUGCAAUGAUACACCAGGUUGUUGAAGAAGACCGUAUUUAUGAAUAUAUUACUGAAUCACGGGCCUUGCUUCUUGACAUUGAUGUCAUCCGAUGCCGUUGUGGUCAAAGUUUUGAAGAUCAAAACAAGCUUGAAGAUCACAUUACAUCUGCCCACUUCAAAGCCAGGUUUAAGAAUAUCCCUAAGCGGUUAAAUGUUUACAAAUGCACUCACUGUAAAGAAAAUUUUGAGCGUAGAUAUCAUCUUAUCCAGCAUCUUGUCCUGGAACAUAGUUACAUCUCUCAACCAGAAAUAGAUAAAUACAUCCCGGGCAAUGGAAACCGAUCAGAUCUGAGUCAAUCAGAUGAUGAGAUGGGGGAUGAUGAUUCGGCUAUAGAUUUCAACGACAGUGUAUCACAGGUGCACAUUGAGAAGGUGCUAGUAGAUGGUCCAGGCGCAAACGUUCGUCUCAACCUACAUUGUCCCGUCUGCAUGAAAAGGAUCCUACAACCUUCAAACUUUGAGGAUCAUCUUGAGACACAUGGUAUCAGUGCUGAACCGGUUUUUUACUGUUCUGAGUGUGAUUGCACGAUGGCAUUUUCACAACAAUUCUACCACGUCUUAAAUCAUCACGCUAACAAGGAAACCAGUAUCCGGUGUUUAAGCUGUGAUGUGCUGGUUGUUGGAACCGGAGGUAAGGAUAUCCACUCCAAACUCAAGAAUCAUGCGACCACUGGGCAACAUGCAGACAAUGCCAAGCUCUUCAUGGAGAACCCAAGCAAGAACUUGUUCAUUACCUUCAGGUAUUCUUGCCAGCUGUGUCGUAUUUUUUUCUCUAGAAUAGAUCUUAUAUCAGAGCAUAGUUCCGAGCAUAGGAUAGAUCCUGUUUACAAGUGUCAUCUGUGUGAUUUCUCUAAAGCUGCGUCCAAGUUCUCAAACCACUGUAUGGGAAUUCAGCACAGACACAAGAUUGACUUGGUUGGUUUGAGGACAGAUGAUAUAUUCUACUCCUGUAGAACCUGUAAUAUUGCUACAGACUUCCAAACCAUACUUAAACAUUUAAAGGAUGGUAAGGGUAAAUGUGAGUUGAUGUGUGGACCGUGUGAUGUACAGUGGUUGGAGGCUGUGAAUCCUGUUGAAACUUUGACCCUGCAUGUUAACACCACUAAGCACACCAACUGUGUAUCAGAGUUUAAUAAAACCCCUCGGCCUUACAACCAUUUUAAUUCAGAAUACAGAUAUAAAUGUGAGUCAUGCUGUCUAGUAUUUCCCUCCGUGAAUAGAAUAAACUCUCAUAAAAUCUGCCAAAAAUUUAACUUUAGAUGUCUGCCUUGUGAGAAGACGACAUUUAGAGCAGACUUCCAGUCACACAUUGCUAGUCAGCAGCACAAACUUGUGAUUAGUUCCCGAGCAAACUCAGGUCCGCCAAGUAUAAAUGUUGACCAUGCAAGUUCUCCUUCGGUUAUAGACGAAGAUUCACCGCCAAGAAAUGUUAACGAAGUGUCACCGUAUGGAAUUUAUGAAGAGGGUUCACCAUCUGAAAUCCAAAUAUUAGAUUCGCCACCACCCCAGCGUAGAUUAAGGAUUUGUGACACUGUAGAUUUAUCUCGUCCUGGGAGUCCAGGGGAGAGUGUGCUUGAACUAUCGAUAGAUGGAGCCACUUCAUCAAACCUAGGAAUUAGUCGGCCACCUUCAUCUCAAACACAUAGUUCAUCAUCCAGACUUUUAUCAAUCUCUGCUUCUACCAAUCCAGAAGUGACGAGUUUAACUGAGUACACACCGUUCACAAAGGAACUUGGAAGUACGCACACCGGGCAAAAAAGAAUGCGCACAGUGCAGGAUAUUAAUAGAGAUCGAAAUUCUGCCAGGAAAAGAGGUUUAUCUGAUCUCAGUCAAGAGACAGCAACUAUAACAAGAGUCCAAGUUGAAAGAAGACAUACAAAAGUUACAUCUCAGAAUUUACCACGUGUAAUCAACCCUGCCCCAUACCCGACUCCAAAUCUAGAAACAGAUCCUUCAGUUGUAGAAAUCAAUAUUCAGGAAAGUGUUGGAGAUAGGAGCUUACCUGUGGAUGAAAUUAUAACAAUAGAGUCUGAUAAUGUUCUACGAUCUGCGAAUGUGCGCACUGCCCCGCAUUUAUUUCGAACGCCUGCCCUCUUAGCCGGACCGUCUGCUCCAAAAAGACCGCGAAACACAAGUUCAGCUGUUAGAACUGAACUCUCGGUUGAUUCACAGGCAAGCAGCUCUGGCACAGAUGGUAUCAGUUUAUUCGUCUGCUUGGGAACCUGCCAGAAAUCUUUCUUUGUUCAAAAUGAGUUUAAAGAGCAUUUAAAGCAGCAUGAUGAGCAUCACGAAAGAGCUUGCAUUAGUUGUAGAGCGUGUAAUUGGCAGGCACAGGGUUCUGAUUUGUUAAACCAACUCAGCAAACAUAUCUUGGGAAUAUCUCAUCAUAGGAACAAAAUUAAAUACACUGCUUCCCGUCGCAAGAAUUAAUUUGAUAUUUAUCAAAAAUGUUUGUUUGUUGUGGAAUGUUCUAUCUAUGUAAAUAUAUAAACUUGGUAAAUUAUUUCAAUGGCGUAUGUGUUAUGAACUUAUUGUUUUGAAUGAUAAAUUACCUUUUACAUCAUUAAGACUAAAAAACGGGAACCCAUGAUAUCAUCGUAUACAUUAUGGUGCAUUGUAGUCACCUUGUAUAUAAUUCUGAGCAAAUAUGCUUUUAACUAAAUUCGAUGAAAAAAAAACGUAUUUGAAGAUAAAUCUGUGAAAAGAAAUGUAUUGAGAGUUUGAUGAACCGGAAAAUAUAUAAAAUGGAUUCUACCUCAAAA